CUUGUGAAAGAUGGGAAGAUUUGCGAGAAGUGAGAAGAAAGAUGGUGGACAUAGCAACCAAGAAGAUACCAGGGUGUAGUUUGAUUCUAGUAAACGGUGGUGCUCAUGAGUUUGUUUGUGGAGAAAAGUCACAUCUUCAAUCAGAAGAGAUUUACAUGAAACUAAAAGAGUUAGCUCAAGAGUCAACGUUUGCAGG